CGAGAGCUUUCCGCAGCUGAAAGUGCCUGGUCUUGUGACGGAAAUGUUCACCAUGUGUCGGGUUACCUUGAUCCUGUCGGCCGUGAGCCUUAUGGUUCUCCUGGACGUGAAAACGACGGAGGCUAGGAGUGGUUGUGUGAACUUUGGCCACUCGUGUUACGGAGGGAUGGGAAAACGGGCCUCCGACCUGAUAGACACCAACGAGGAAGUGCUUCAGAACGUGGAGGAUGUGGAAGAGAAUCCGGCGUUCGUCUUUACCGGCCCGAGAAGCUCUUACAAGCCUAAACCUGACAGACUGACGCAGCAGCAAUAUGACAACAUAUCGAGGGUGGUCAGACAAUGGAUUGCGAACUACAGGAGGAUGCAGGAAGCACCCAAUGAAAAUAUGUAAGGAGGAGAGGAAUAAAGUAAAUUUUUAAAUGUCUUGAAGAACUGAAAACUUGUCCUUAAAAUGUAUCAAAUAGAAAUUAAAGUAAUAAUAAAACCAUAUCCCUUAAAUUAUAAAUAAAUGUUACAAAUGAUAAGCAAAUAAAACAGUAUGUGUAAGGCUUAUUGAUGUAGAUAAGUAAAUUGAUUUAUAACUUGUUUUCUGAUUCUGUACUUGAAGACAUAUUUUAUUGUGAUCUUGAUUAUAAAAAUGUUACAAAUAAAUAUAGGUUGGCUGGAA